CUAUGUAUUUAUAGAAAGUGAAUUUUGUGAUACAUUGAAUAAUAUUCGUUUCUUUUAUUUUGUUUCAGAUUCCCCAAGCACUGAUUUUUCGUGGAACAUUGGCUAUUCGUUUUCUUCCCUUUGAUUAGUAUGUGAGUGAGUACAAUCUUGAUACUCUGUUUGGUUGUUGAGAAACUUCAAGGAAAAACAGAAAGAAAAAGAAGACUUGGAAUCUCAUUACAGUAACUUCAUAGUGUAAAGAAACCCAUUGUGUAACUUCAUAGUGUGAACACAAAACCCUAUUGACAAUGUUCACUGAAGGCCUUGAUGAUAAUGCCCGUAGAUGGGUUCGAGAGGAGGGUAUUUCGAAGAAGAAAGACAGUCCCUCUUCUAUGUCUCCUAAAAAAUUGCAAUCUGAAACUAUUUUUGGGCUGAGGAAUUAUGGCCGUGCUGGUGGGUAUGGAAUGCCAUCUCCCGCUAAGUUCCAUAGUGGGUACUUGCCAUCAAGGGUAAUUCCUGUGUCACCGGCGAUCCCUGUUGGCGGAAAUGGCGGUGGGUCAGGAUCAGACAUGGACUUAAGCUCGGAUUCUGAUGAUGAGGUUUAUGGUGCACGUUACUCACUUGAUACAUCACCCCAAGAUGAUAAAAUUUACAAUGGAACUGGUCCCAAAAGCACCAAUUCUGUGGUUAGAAAGAUUAAUUAUGCUAAUGAUCCUGUUCAUUCUGAAUUAAGUUCAUCAAGGGAUAGAAUUGAAAGGAAACAAGGUCGUUGUUUGGAGAAAUUGGGAGAUGAUGAAUCAUCAGUUUCAGUUGCUAGCUCUGAAGCGACGUCUACACUAUUUAAGGAGUAGCAAUGACAGUGUAGGUCACCAGGGAGAUGCAGUUCAGCAGGUUACUAUCCAGUGUUCAUUCACAGCCAAAUGUGAAGACAACAGCCAAACAGGAUUUUCGAGGCAAAAGAUUGCAGAAUAAGGAACUUUUUGAUGAUGGUGUCCCCAGUGCACCUCCUUUUGCUGACUCUGUUCAGGAAAUUAAUCAAGUUGCCGAGCAAAUCUCAACUUUUAGAGGACAUGGUACACCUUGCUCUGAAAGUUCACAUGGUUCUACAACUACAGAUGGACCAAACUUCACUAGAAGCGUGCCUGCAGAUGCUACUGCAUGUGGUAGUACUCCAAAUAGAAUUUGUGAUCCAGCUCAAAAGGCUACUGGUGGUGUGGAAGCUGCUAUGUCUUCCAGUUCUUUACCAGCUCAACGUCCCACAUUUCAUGCAAGUGGCCUAGGUCCAUGGUGUGCUGUGAUUUCGUAUGAUGCAUGUGUUCGGCUAUGCCUUUAUUCAUGGGCUAGGGGUUGUGUGGAAGCUCCCAUCUUCUUAGAAAAUGAAAGUAUGCUGUUGCGAAAUGCAUUUGGUUUGCAACAAGUAUUGCUGCAACCAGAAGACGAACUACUCAGGAAGCCAUCUUCAGAAUUAAGCAGUGAGGGAGUGGCUGUAAAGCCUAAGAAAACCUUUGGCAAAAUGAAAGUGCAAGUUCGAAAAGUGAAAAUGGCAAAAGACCUCCCCACAGGCUGCAGUUUUUCAUCUCUAAAACCUUCUAUGGUAAAACUGGAAUCGCUUCGGUUUCAUAUGUCCAAUGCAAAAUCGACUAUUUCAUCUGCAUGGGGAGUUAUUCGUACAGUUCGUGUGGCCCCUCGUAUUCCUGCAAACAGCUCUUUUUCACGUCAAAGCUUGGCAUACAUGCAUGCUGGCACUAGGUAUAUUAAGGAGGUGUCUGGGAUUUUAAAGGCCGGUGCCACUACUUUCCGUAGUAGUUCAUCAUCUUAUGAAGUAGUGCAAGAAACAUAUUCUUGUUUGUUGGGGCUGAAAAGUUCAUCUCAAGAGGAUGCAGUUCGAAUGCAGCCCGGAUCUAGUGAAACCCAUAUAUUCUUGCCAGAUGGUCUUGGAGAUGAUCUGAUUAUAGAAGUCCAUGAUUCCAAGGGAAAGCAUUGUGGUCAUGUCGUUGCUCAAGUGGCCACCAUUGCUGAAGACCCAGGCAAGCUUCGCUGGUGGUCCAUCUAUCAGGAGCCGGAGCAUGAACUCGUUGGAAGAAUACAAUUGUACAUAAACUACUCAACUAGUCCAGAUGAGAAUAGUCAUCUCAAGUGUGGUUCUGUUGCCGAAACUGUGGCAUAUGACUUAGUGUUAGAGGUUGCAAUGAAAGUUCAGGUAGAUCAGGUAAAGCAAAGAAAUUUGUUACUGCAUGGUCCCUGGAAGUGGUUAAUAACCGAGUUUGCAUCCUACUAUGGAGUUUCGGACGCAUACACUAAGUUAAGAUACCUUUCUUAUGUUAUGGAUGUGGCAACACCCACUGCAGACUGUCUGUCAUUGGUGCAUGAGUUGCUAGUACCUGUAGUUAUGAAAAGCAAUGUUAAGGGCGCAUUGAGUCAUCAGGAGAAUCGCAUCCUGGGGGAAGUUUUUGAUCGGAUUGAGGAGAUUCUUGCUCUGGUUUUUGAGAAUUACAAGUCACUUGAUGAAUCAUCACAAUCAGGAAUGGUGGAUAUUUUCAGGCCUGCAACUGGAUUGGCCGCACCUGCUCUUGAACCUGCUUUGAAGCUAUACAAUCUUCUUCAUGACAUACUCUCUUCUGAGGCACAGUUGAAACUUAGCAGAUAUUUUCAGAUUGCAGCCAAAAAGAGGUCCAGAAGGCACUUGUCAGAAACAGAUGAGUUUGUUUCCAAUAAUGGGAGUACAUUGAUGGAUUCUGUGACUCUUUGUACAUCUUACCAGAAGAUGAAAUCUCUUUGUUUGAAUAUAAAAAAUGAAAUUUUUACCGACAUAGAAAUUCAAAAUCAGCAAGUACUUCCCAGUUUUAUAGAACUUCCGAAUCUGUCUUCCUCCAUAUAUAGCGUGGAGCUUUGCAAUAGAUUGCGUGAAUUCUUGGUUGCAUGUCCACCAAAUGGACCCUCACCUCCUGUGACAGAACUAGUUAUUGCAACAGCUGAUUUCCAGAAGGAUCUUGUUAGCUGGAAUAUUAAUCCAAUCAAAGGUGGUGUUGAUGCAAAAGAGCUGUUCCACUUAUAUAUCACCCUAUGGAUUCAAGACAAACGUCUUGCUUUGCUUGAAUCAUGCAAGGUUGAUAAGGUUAAGUGGUCCACUGUUAGAACACAACAUUCCACAACUCCUUUUGUUGAUGAUAUGUAUGACCGGCUGAAGGAGACGCUGAAUGAAUAUGAAGUCAUUAUUUGUCGCUGGCCAGAAUAUACUCUCAUCUUGGAGAAUGCUAUAGCCGAUGUUGAGAAGGAUAUUGUGGAUACUUUGGACAAGCAGUACAGUGAUGUUUUAUACCCAUUGAAGGAGAAUCUAACUCCAAUUAGAGUUGGCCUCAAGUAUGUACAGAAAAUUGCAAAAGGAACUGUAUGCAUUUAUAUUGUCCCCGAGGAGCUGGGAAUUCUUUUGAAUUCCUUGAAGUGGAUGCUUGAUGUUCUGCGACCCAAGAUAGAAGCUCAGUUGAAGUCAUGGGGUUCUUGUAUCGUUGAUGGUGGAAACGCAGUCGCAGGAGAGUAUCUCAGUGAAGUAACAGUAAUGCUGCGAACCAAAUUUCGAAAUUACCUGCAAGCAGUGGUGGAGAAACUAGCAGAAAAUACAAGGGUGCAGAGUACAACAAAGUUGAAGAAGAUAAUCCAAGACUCAAAAGAGGUUGUAAUGGAACCAGAUAUUCGAAGUAGAAUGCAGCCUUUGAAGGAUCUCCUGGUAAACACGAUCGAUCACCUCCAUACCGUCUUUGAAACUCAGUUGUUCAUAAUAAUCUGCCGAGGUUUCUGGGAUCAGAUGGGACAGGACAUGCUGAGGUUUUUGGAGAACAGAAAAGAGAACAGGUCCUGGUAUAAAGGAUCACGAGUCGCAGUGUCGAUUUUAGACGACAUAUUUGCAUCACAAAUGCAACAGUUGCUUGGGAAUGCAUUGCAGGAGAAAGAUCUUGAGCCACCCCGAUCUAUAAUGGCAGUGCGCUCAAUGCUAUCUAAGAAUGCUGUGAACCACAACGAUAACAAUUACUACUAUUAAAGUUCAAGUGCGGUUUAGUUUACAGGGAUGCUUCAUAUUUCCUUAUAUUGAAGAAAGAAUGGAUGAAUAUGAUUUUUGCUGUUGAAAAAUUUGAAAGCAGAGUCGAAGGGGCGUGAGCUUACCAGUUAGCAUAAUAGAGCCUUGAAAGAGGUCCACUCAAUUUUGUUUUUGGUAGUGCAACUGAGCUUGUUGUGAUGAGAUAGAUUGCCAUGGCCUCCAUGGUGGGUUUUUGGUUUUGAUUCUGUUUUAUGUUGGUUCCUAUCCUCAGAAAGUUUGUAAUUAGAGGACGUAAACUGAGUCAUUUUGUGAUUAACAUUCUUUUUUCUUAUAUUAUUUAAUUUGACUUGUGGCAUUGUAAUUAAUUUUUGAGCAAUGAGAUCUCUUAAAAGUUGUCAA